CAUCGCUCCAGCUGGGACAGUUCUGCAACUGCUGACAUGUAAAAGCGGUCGGAACAUCACAAUCGAAAUCGAAAAUCGGAUUCACAGGGUGCGAUAUCAGUAUUGUUAGUUAUGACUACAUAACUUGGGCGAAAGAGCUGGAGAUGGCAACGAAUCGAUUUAAGAGUUUGUUUUGCCUGCUCCUCUACUCUGCCAUUGUUACAGAGACCAGCAUCGGGGGCCCACCCGGAUCGACCAAGGUAGAGGAACAAGAAAAUUUGACUUGCUACAGGUGCAACUCUCAACUGGACGGCGAGGAAUGUCGUUUUACCCACAAUAUGACCCGGGUCAUGGUACAUAAAUGCCCGGCCUCAAGCCGAUUUUGCUCUGUGACACGAGUGGACUACAGCCUCGACCCCAGUGUCACCCGCCCGUUCUCCAUCGAACGAAACUGUAGCGACCACUGCACGACGGAAUGCGUGGUUGUCGGGGAAAGGCUACGCCUUCACCUGUGUCGCUCGUGUUGCCGUCUGUCACUUUGCAAUGUGGGAGACGGCGCUUCCACGCUUCGGACAUCGGACGUCCUACAAUAUUACGUGUUCUCUGCCUUCGUGGCAUACAUCUGUGGGACACGGUGAAGCGAAAGGACGGGUGGUGGCUCCUCAGUGUGGCGGCCCAGACGGCGCUGCUGGUGUUUUUGGUUAUACUAUAACAAGUCUACAGUGUAGAAACAGAAGUUCAACGCAUAACACAGGUUCAAGGAAAAUCAGUAUCCACAAUGAUGUUGUUAUGUCUUGCGGUUGUUGAAAACGGGAGGUGUACCCCUUUACUAGAACUCUCUACAUAUAGGCAAAGUCUUACAAGAUCGGAGAACGCCCCUCCUCCUGACAAGAGGCAGUGCUGGUUAGUGUUGAGCGCGCCAUGCGGUGAAGUACUGUUUUUAUAGUGUAGUAUAUACGUAUCAUGCGAGCUCAUUCUCUAACGUAAACGAGGGGAAAGAAUAUGAAGAGACACCAUCUCAUAUUAUCGUCACAUACGGGCAUCCCACAACAGAAGUACGACUAUUCCAUAGUGCUUUUGAGCCCGAAAAGAGUGAGAGCGUACUUUCUUCCGCUAUACCCAUCCUGUUGUCUGGCAUGAUUUUGGGCGCCACUGAGUGCGUGUACGUGGUGAGUGCACCAUAGUUCUGGUGUGCGAGUCGACAGCAGUGCUGCGUGAAUCGAGAUCUGGGAAACGGGCCCGCACAUCAUCGGAUAGGCCAGCCACGCAACGCCGGGAACAUCGUCGAAACCGUACCGCUUCGGUACUCUUUACUUCGGUACUUCCUCGAGUCUUCCAGGCCUUCAGACUGUUGACCGCUAACAUCUUGGUUACCUUCUUCGAGAGUCCUUCUUCCUCUUGGGUGACCGACAUCACGAAUAUUGACACCUCACCCCCCCCCCCCCCAGACCCACACACCAGAUAUAAAGCCCCACCAAAGAUCCUUGCAACACCCCUCAAAAUACCUGCAUGAAAAGCAGCAGAUAUGGGUGUCACCCCCCACCCCCCCCCCUCCCAGAUUAAAGUCCUGGAGAAAUCCCUGGCUGUGGACCAAUAAAAUUAUAUUUCUUUCA